AAGGAAAAGUGUGAUGGGGUAGGUGUAAUUCACUGAUUAAUGAGUUAUCAGUGAAGCCGCCACUUUACAUGUUCUUAUAUGUUAUCUUUUUUAUUUUUGUCUUCUUGUUUGUUGUUGGAAUAUCCAAAGCUUGGGGGAACAAGUAUUUCUUGCCUAUUCCUCUGUUAUCUGAGCGGGUUUUUGCCCUUUAUAAACAGUUCAGAAGCUUGCGUUUUGCAAUAAGAAAACCUUGUUUUCCUUUGUUAAAUUGCGGAAAUUUUGAGAAUCCUCCAUGGAAGACAGAUAUGCAAUCAAGAAAGAUGUUACUGAAUUAAUAGGUAACACGCCUAUGGUAUAUCUGAACAAUAUCGUCGAUGGUUGCGGAGCUCGAAUUGCUGCCAAGCUUGAGCUGAUGGAACCUUGCUCCAGUGUUAAAGACAGGAUUGCAUACAGUAUGAUUAAAGAUGCGGAAUAUAAGGGCUUGAUUACAUCCGGGAAGAGUGUUCUCAUCGACACUACCAGUGGUAAUACCGGCAUUGCAAUGGCUUUCAUUGGGGCAGCCAGGGGUUAUAAAGUUAUUGUCACAAUGCCAGCUUAUAUGAGCAUCGAGAGGAGAAUCGUUCUUCGAGCUUUUGGAGCUGAGGUACGACUCACAGACCCAGCCAAGGGCUUUAAAGGGUCAUUAGACAAGGCUUUGGAGAUACUAAAGAACACACGUAAUGGUUACAUGCUUCGGCAAUUUGAAAACCCUUCCAAUCCAAAGAUUCAUUACGAAACCACUGGUCCAGAGAUAUGGAAAGACUCAGAAGGGAAAGUUGAUGUAUUAGUUGCUGGCAUAGGGACUGGUGGGACAGUAACAGGUGCAGGGAGAUUCCUCAAAGAGAAAAACUCAAAGAUCAAGGUAUAUGGCGUGGAACCCGUUGAAAGUGCAGUCUUAAAUGGUGGAAAACCCGGCUCUCAUCUGAUCCAAGGAAUUGGUGCUGGUAUCAUCCUUGAUGUUUUGGAUGUUGGCCUCCUUGAUGAAGUUGUCCAGAUAUCCAGUGAAGAAGCCAUUGAAACUGCUAAACUGUUAGCCUUGAAAGAAGGCUUGCUGGUUGGUAUAUCAUCUGGUGCUGCAGCAGCAGCUGCAAUUAAGUUGGCAAAGAGGCCAGAAAACUCAGGCAAACUCAUAGUUGUGAGUUGCAUUCCCUUCUUCAAGUUGGUACAUAUAGCAACAACGCCUAUACCAAUCAAGUAAUUUUUCCCAGCGCUGGUGAGCGUUACCUGUCUUCUGCAUUGUUUGAAUCCUUAAGGCAUGAAGCGGAAAACAUGGCCAUAGAUUGAUGCCAUUAUUAUCCUAAGAAUAUGGAUUUUAAAUUAUUAUAAUUAUUAAAAGUUCCUUUUAA